AUGGGAGCUCUAUACUAUCUUUUGCAUCCUAACCAGUUGCGUUCAAUUAUCCAAUGGAAGCUCUGGCAUAACCCCGUUCACAAGCGCGAUCCCUCUACCGAGACAGAAACCUUGAGGGAGUGUUUCCGUUUUCUCAACCUGACGAGUCGCAGUUUCGCCGCCGUCAUCCAAGAACUCAACCAUGAGCUCCUUGUUCCUAUCAGUCUCUUCUAUCUCGUCUUGCGGGGCCUCGAUACCAUCGAAGACGACAUGACGAUACCUUUGGACAAAAAGGUGCCGUUGCUUCGUAAUUUCCACAAGACCAUGGAGAUUGAUGGUUGGCAAUACCACGAGAGUCAGGAAAAAGACAAGGAGCUGCUGGAAAAAUUCGAUGUCGUCAUUACCGAGCUCAAGAAAAUAAAGCCAAACUACUACAAAAUCAUCAAGGAAAUAACCAUCAAGAUGGGCAACGGAAUGGCUGACUACGCCCAAAACGACGAGAUGAUCAAGAAUGGUGUAGACACCAUCGAUGAUUACGAGUUGUACUGCCACUAUGUUGCUGGGUUGGUUGGAGAAGGCCUGACCAAUCUCUUUGUUGCCUCAGAACUGGGCAACCCCAAGCUCGCAGAGAGACCAUCCCUCACAGAGUCUAUGGGUCAGUUCCUUCAAAAGACCAACAUCAUCCGUGACAUCCGCGAGGAUUGGGAAGACGGCCGCAGGUGGUAUCCCAAGGAGAUCUGGAGCAAGCACGUGGACAACUGGGACGACUUGUUUGAUCCAAAGAACGAAGCAAAAGCUUUGAACUGCAUCUCCGACAUGGUACUCGACGCCCUGAAACACUGUGAGGAGUGCCUCUUCUACAUGGCCGGUAUGCGCGAACAGAGCGUUUUCAACUUUGUCGCCAUCCCACAAGGCAUGGCCAUUGCCACUUUGGAGCUCGUUUUCCGCAACCCCGACGUCCUCAAGCGCAAUGUCAAGAUUACCAAAGGAGAUGCCUGUCAGCUCAUGACGGAGUGCACACAAAACCUGUAUACCGUAUGCGAGGUGUUCCGCCGAUACGCCCGCCGAAUCCAGAAGAAGAACGAUCCUAACGACCCCAACUACCUCAACAUCAGCGUGAGAUGCGCCAAGAUCGAACAAUUCAUUGAGACACUGUAUCCCCGCCAAGACCCCAAGCAGCUUACGGCCGAAAACAAGCAAAAACAAAACAAAGAGCCAACCAUGGACCCUGGCGAGACUCUGGUCAUGUUUGGCGUUGUGGCUCUUUGUCUUAUUUUUAUUUCUGGCAUCAUGAUCGGCACGGCAUGGCUACUAGGCGCUCAAUUCCCAAACAUCUUCAAAGAAGCUGGUAUUGUGAUACAAAAGCUCAGUAAUCCUGAGGCAUCCGGCACGGCCAUCCGAGACGAACUAUAA